AUGGUACCAACAGGAGAGGGGAGGGAGAAGAAUUUGGCAAGGACGAAAACGCAGAGUUUCGGUGAGGUGGCAGGUGGCACGGCAGCGGUGUGUUGCUGUUGUCCAUGCACGGUGAUAAACCUUCUUGUUUUAGCCGUUUAUAAGGUGCCGGCUUGUUUAUGUAAGAAAGCCAAGACACGACACCGUUUGAGAAAAAAGAAGCAGAAAGAAAGGUCCCUGUUGUCUCCCAGUAGCGGUGGGUCCAGGGAGGAGGAAUUACAGUCAGAGAAGAAGGCUACAGAGGUUGUGGAGAAAGGGAAAUGCUGUGAUCACCAUGAUCAUAAUCAUGAUGAAGAAACUGAAGCCGUUGAUUUGGAGAAGCAAAUGUGGGACCAGUUUUACAAUACUGGGUUUUGGAGGAGCCCAUCUCAAAGAGGUACAUGA